AUGAAUAGAGAGCGUCUUCAUACCUUCCUUCUUAUGAUUGUGAAAUUUUUAUCAACAGAUGCCUGUACCCCGAGCAUAUCUGGUUCAUCCUCUGUUUCCAUUACGGUCGGUGGAAGUCGUACCUUCAGCUGCAGUUAUUCAUCAUGCAAUUCAAACAGGACAAUAUCUUGGCGACUAGGUUCCGUAACUCAGACAACUAAUAUAACAGUGAGCUACAGUUCGAGCAUCAGUUCCAGUAAUGUAACAACUUACGGUGGCAAUAGUCAAUUCCAGUAUUAUCCGUCAAGACCAUCCUCCAGCAGUCUUAACACAGUAAAUGUGUUUUGUUACGCAGGAUCAGCAAGUGAUUCUGUUACAGUGUCCAAACAAUAUGGACCUAACGUUCCCACUUUAAGCAGAACAGGAACCAUAACUCUAACCGAGCAUGAACCCACUCCUUAUAUUACUUGUGAUUCAGCUUGCAAUCCAACAUGCACGUUUAGUUUUCUAAGAGGCGGAUCAACACGUGACAUCGGGGACUUCUUCAUAUCAUCAGUUAAACGAACUGACGCCGGAAUUUAUACUUGCAAGGCUUCCAACAGAGUUGGUUCUAAAAUCUCCAGCAUGAAUUUUGAUUUGAAUGUGCAAUAUCCUCCCAAAUUUCAUUUGUCACGUUCUCCGUCUUCCAGUCAAGUUGAGGAAAGAACUUUCGUUACCUUUACAUUUAGACCAGUAUACAACGGCAUUCCCGAUAUAUACACGUUCCAACAAUGUAAUCACACUACCUUCAGCGGUGAAUUUCUGAGAAGUAUCUCUUACAGUAAAACAUCCUCUUCUCAGAUUGAAUUUUCGCUUCAAAAUGUGUCAAUCACGGACGGAGGGAGGUAUACCUGUGCGAUGACCAAUAAUAUUCCGUUUAAAAACGGAAGCAAAAUUGUGACGGCAUUUUCUGACUUACGAAUUAAAACUCCACCUAUAAUUUUGAUGGAUACCAAAAAUAAGACGCCCAUUGGUGACGGAAAUUGGACGUUAAGCGUAGAUUUCAUCAGUCUCUAUUACACACCGGAGAUUCUUUGGUUCAAGAUCGUAGAGGGCAAAACUGCAGAUUAUGUGGAGAAUAGGAAUGUAAAACCGAGAUACCACACAAUGAAAAAGGACAAUGUCAGUUAUAGUAUACCAAGCUUUCUAACAAGUAUAAAGACCAAAGACCCCGGUAAAUACUUGACGUUUAUAAACAAUUCAAUGGGUAAUGCAGUUGUCCAGUAUCUCAUUGCAUCUCCAGUACCCGAGGAACUCUCGAGUGAUUCGGGAAUUGCAAUGAUAGCUGUCGGAUCUGUUUUCCUCGUCCUUAGUGGUCUUGUAAUUGGAGUGGCCGUGUUCUUACUUUACAAAACUAGAAAACAAAAGAAAGCUAUAAAGAAGGUUGUUCGAGAGAAACAUGCAUCAUUAUUUAUUCCUCCCUCUAUUGAUGCUCUUUCUCCAACAUCGACCGAGAACGAUUAUAGGGAACCAGAGAGGGAGGUGAGGGAACCAGCAGGGGAGGUGAACCCUAUUGCAGUAGAACUAGAAAUGCCUUCAGAACCACAAGGAGUGUCAAAGGUCAUAAAACCACCUACAGAGUAA